GCUGUGUGGUUGCAGCCUCAGGUUGCGGAAGCUCUCAGUGCUUGGACUCUUCUGCUCUCCAAGCCGCUCUGUCGGAUCACCAUAAUAUCUCUCCUGCGCUCACAACAUGCCUCUGAAAAGUAUUGGAUUCCUCUUGUUCUUUCUUGGUUGUCUGAGAGCUGCUAUAAUGGAAGAAGUACAUGGUAUAGUAGGUGGCGAUGUUGACCUAAGAUGCAUUAGUCCUGGAAAAAAAUAUUUUGAUUUAAAUAAAACACUUGUUUAUUGGCAAACAAAAAAUAAACCAAUAGUAACUCUAAAUUCAUAUAUUCCUGGAGAGGAUACUUCCAAAUACGUUCAUUUAAAGUAUCGGAACAGGACAUCACUGACAUUUGAAAAAAUGGAAAAAGGUGAUUUUUCUCUGCGUCUGUGUAACAUCACCACAGAAGAUGAACUGGAGUUUGCAUGCAUUGUCAUGAACAAAUCUAAUACUGAGUUUUUUUUCUCAUCUAUAGUCCAUCUUCAUGUGGCAGCAAACUAUAGUGUUCCAAUAGUAGAAAAUAAGACCAACGAUUCAGAAGUCACUUUUACCUGCACUUCCCACAAUGGUUUUCCAAAGCCAAAGGUUUACUGGGUAAACAAAACAGAUGAUAGUCUGCUUAAUCAAAGCCUACAAACCGAUACCUUUACCACCAAUGAGAAAGGUUUAUUCAGCGUCUCCAGUGUGCUGAAGAUUACAUGGACUCCUCAUAUCAAUAUUGAAUGCUGUAUAGAAAAUGUGAACCUACAGCAAAAUCUAACAGUUCAGUCAAGCUUUUUCCUUUCUCCAGGCGGAAACCCUCACCGUCAAACAAUCACCACCCCCCCAAAUCAGCUUCCACCACCUGGGAAAACACCAACUCCUGUCUUAUUGACUAUCUUCGGAAUUUUACUUGUGAUUCUUCUAGGGGUUGUGAUUUGGAGUAGAAAGCUGUGUAAAAAGAAACAUCGCUAUGAAGAUUACACAGGUCCCCAGGGAAACAGACAGAUGGCAGAAACUACCGACUACAUUUGAAGGAGAAGCCAUCUCCAUGGAAAACCAGACACCUGACUGUAAACUACCACAUGACAAAGGCAAUUUUAAUUUGGCACUGCUUGACCAAAACUUCUGCUACAGGGGUAAAAUGACCUACUCUCUUUCAAACGGAAAGAAGGGGAAGCGAUUUGCCUUCUACCUUUCCACUCACCUACCAAAGAAGAUUAAGAAUAGCCAUCUGGAACUCAAAACAGUGCGAUUGUACCGUUGAGGAACUGGAGUACUAUUAUACUAUUGGAAUGUCAUGGUGGCCACUUUUGAAAAGUACUGACAGCACUGCAUCCAGCCAGAAGGAAAAUGCAGCUAAUGCAGGAAUAUUUUUGGUGGGUCAACAGCAUUCUACAGCAGAGGAACCCAAGAAGGCUCUUCCCCUUUCUAACCAUUAAUUAUUGAUCGUGGUAGAAAGGGGACGCAGUGCUGACUGAAGAGCAAAAGCUAGUGUUCAUUUUUUUUAUUCUUUCCUUUCAUCCUUCCAUUCUAUAAGUGCCUAUCUUCCCAUUGGGAACCCAGACUGCAUCUGCUUCAGCUCCAAGAAUAACCAAAAUAUGCAGAACUUGGAAUUAAGGCAUUUUGGUAUGGAGUUUCUGAAAUGGGGAAAAGUGACAUACAUGGCAAGGAUGUGUAGCUUUAGAAGAAUGUGAUUGCACUGUACACUUUUGAGGAUUGUAUAAGAGAGAAGUAUAUGCUGUGUGGCCUUGGGGGACAGCUACCCAACUAUGGAAGUGAUUUCUUAUCUUCUACUCCCUUAGUAAUGCCCAUUCUCUACGCCACACUAAUAUGGUGAAUGCCUCUAAUCCCUGCUGCCAGAGAGAUUGAGGCUGGUGGAUCGAUCUCCUGAACUGGGGAGUUCUGAGCUGUGGUAAGCUAAGCCAAUUGGGAUUUACACUGAAUCCACCAACAAUAUGGUGAGCCCCCAAGAGCCUCCAAGGGUCCCCCGGGCUACCUAACAAGGGGACAACACUUGCAGGAUACAAAUGGAGCAGAUCUAAGCUGUUCAUUAGGGCUAACAAUAGUGGAAUUGAGUCUGUGAAUAGGCCCUGUACUUCCAGUACUCUUCCCAAAAAAUAGGAAGAAAAGACAGUGCUUCAGUGUAGCAGGGUUUUUGUUUUGUUUUGUUUUCAUUCCCCAAUAGCCAAGGUCAAUAAAGUCAUUUGGCAAUAUAGUCCUAAAUGGCUCAGAUUCCUGAGGAAAAGAGAAAACAUAGACAAAUAAGACAGAAAAAGAGGGCCAUCCAUGAGAAGCUGGUUUUGUUAUAUGAUUAAAAAGUACAAGUUCAUUUUGUUCCUUCUUUUAAGAGAUUGGAAAGCUCAUCUUUUCCACAACCUUUUGUAAGUACCUUUUUAAGAAGGCCUCCAGGAUUUGUUAGCAAAAUACAGACAAUAACUUUGGCACCUAAGAAGAAGUUUCUCAACCUUGUGAAAAUUGCAAAGGGGACCAAGUUUUUUUCAUAGUUACCUAUGUCCCUAUCUCCCUCCUCCUACCUGCCCCAUGUCCAAUGUAACUUUAAGCAAUAUGAAAUAUCCCAGUGGGCAUCCUACCCAGGUCUACCUUUCACCGAAGUGAACCAUAUUCCAGAAUUAUCUAUUCUAUAAUCUAAACAUCCCCUUCCUUCAGUAACUACUGAAUUCAGUGGAGGAAACUAAUCUUAUUAAAAUAUUCAAAAUGACACGUGAAUGAUUUCUAGGCUUAACUCUCCCCAGAGAUAGUGAUCACCUUAAAAGAUGCUUUUGUUGAUUUAAUGAAUACGUAAUUGCUAGUCUAU